UUUAUUAAGCUUAAAUAUUAUAAAAUGUCUGUGAUAUUUAAUUUAUUCAACUCAAUUGCAUUUGAAAGAACUGCAAGUAAAAUUGUUGAAACAUUUUUUGACUCCAUAGUAGCAUCAGUUGUUAAGGCUUUGUACCGCUCCAGUGGCGAGUCUCUUCAGAGCAUAACUCGUCUGACACAUCUGCCCUCUAAACAGGUUUUACAAGCUUUAGUCUCACUGAUACAACACAAUCUGGCAUCAUUUGAAUAUACACCCCAGCGGCAAGUUCAUUACCGCCUGAACAAGGCCAACAUUUUCUACUUGCUUAGAAAGAACAAAUACAUCCACCAUGUACGGGAGAAGCUGGGAGUGGCAGCAGAGCUUGUGGUGGAGCGGGUGUUGGAGGAAGGGAGCAUCACUGCAUCACAGGUCAUAGUGUGCACCACAUGCAAGCUCCUCAUGACUGACUUAUCCUCUGCUGUUGAUAGGGCUAACCAGAACCCUGGUGAUCGCCACAUCAUUGUUCGUGAUGCGCUGCGGCAACUCAUAGAGCUGGGCUACCUGGAGCGCUGUGCAUCUCCUUCGUCGCCCGCUCCUCCGUGCUGUCCGCUACUUGUUAAGCCUUCCAGCGAUGACAAGCACAGGUUUCUCCCCGAUGAUCAUUUGAAUCUUCAGUUGAUAGCUCAAGCUGUUACUGAAAAUGUUGAGACAUCUUCUAGUUCAUCAGGAGCCAUACUUCCCGAUGCCUCUUCUUUUCCUGACGGGAAGAUAUAUUGGAGACUUAAUUAUGAUGCUUUCCAUCUUCAGUGGAGAGACACGCUACUAGUAACGAGUGUAGAGAAGAACGUGGGUGCAGAAGUGGGUCUGGUGUUCAGAGGCCUGCUGCAGGUUGCCUAUAGCACCGUAGAGGACAAAUGGCAGUCCGGCGUCUACACCACUGCAGCGCACGUCAAACACGCCCUCAACAGCGCGCCUCACCUCGAACAUUGUCUCCAGCUUCUAGGUGAAGGCGAGAGCGGUGGUUGCGUGCGGCGCAUCGGUGUGGGCGGCGGAGGAGGCGAAUACCAGAUCGAGGUCGCGCAGCUGGUGGCUCACAUCACCGCAGAGUUCCUCGCUAAGAGAAUAAAGGAAAUGUUUGGGUCCAAAGCCGCCAGAGUGUUCAGAUUAGUGAUGAGGAAUCACAUAGUGAGUGCCGACAUGAUAGCAUCUGCCUGUUUACUGGACAAGAAGGAAGCUGACCAAGUGAGCAACAUGCUCUUCCUCAACCAGAUCCUCCUCGUGCACGACCUCAGGAAGGCCUCCAUGCCCUCAUCUCACACGCCCGAGCUUCUCUUCUUCAAAGUCAAUUUUCUUGAGGUAGUGCGGCUGACGGCAUCGCAGUGCUUCACUGAACUGUACAACCUGCUGCGCAAGCGCGAGCUGCUCACUGAGAAGAACCGUAGCCUCAUGGAGAAGAAGACGCGCGUUGAUGCCAUCGUCGACAACAUCGUCAAGUCUGGGGCCACGCAGGAACAGAUUCAAGAUAUCGAAGAAAUGUUGACUGACGCCGAGCGCACUGCUGUGACCAAGUGGCUGAAGCAGCAGGACCAGAUAUUGACGGUCGUGAGCGGCAUUACUGAUGACAUCUUCUUGUUCGAGCUUUUCUCCCGCUACUACUGCCAUGUUGACGAUCUCAGCGUGGGACGAAGUGCCGCGUGAUCAUCG